AUGCCGCCGGUGGAGCAGCCCCAGGCCAGGGCGGCCGGGCUGCUUCCCUCCCGGAGCGGCGACCUUGACAAUGGGGCAGGCGCACACGCCAUGGACGCCCUCUUUGCCCAGCCGGCGGCCGAGCGCACCGGCAUGCACACACGCACGCUCUCCUUCUCAGAGCUGCAGAGCCGCACCCGCCUCACCGUGGCCGCGCCCGACCCCGCCGCCGUCCCCUCCCGCAGCGCGGGCGCCAACCCCCAGCGCCGCGGCCUGCCGAAGCGCGCCCCCAGCCUGACUAAGUUGGUUGAUGAUCUGGUGGAUGAGCUGGGGGGCGACAGGUCAAUAAACAGCGUGCUGGUGGCGAACAACGGCUUGGGCGCGGUCAAGUUCAUGCGCAGCAUCCGGUCGUGGGCCAACCAGACAUUUGGCAACAGCCGCACGAUCGCGCUGGUGGCGAUGGCGACGCCUGAGGACAUCCGCAUCAACGCGGAGCACGUCACGCUGGCCGACCAGUUCGUGGAGGUGCCCGGCGGCACCAACAAUAACAACUACGCGAAUGUGAAGCUGAUCGUGCAG